AACGGUUCUACCUUCGUUUUCAUCGUUGUCUCCAUCUCCGGGGCUGAGUACCGCCCACCAAAACUAAAUAAGUUUGGCGACACGUCCGUCAACCACCCAUCAAUCAUGCGGACAUUCGUCGUGUGUGCUGUUUUGGCCUGCGCGCUACAACAGGUGUCUGCAGCCACCGCCGCCGAGGAGUCAGAUCCUAAGUUCUGGAUUGAUAAUGGAAAACGGAAGUUGGAGGAAAAGUCAAAACAACCAUUGCGAACGAAUAAAGCGAAGAAUGUGAUAAUGUUUUUGGGAGAUGGUAUGUCAUUGCCAACAUUGACGGCUGCUCGGGUGUACAAAGGUCAGUUGCAGAACGUGUCUGGCGAAAGCGAACACCUGAGCUUCGAACAGUUUCCGUUCACCGGAAUAUCAAAGACGUAUUGCGUUGACAGACAAGUGGCCGAUUCAGCAUGUUCGGCCACGGCAUACUUGCGCGGCGUCAAGGCAAACACGGCCACGAUUGGUGUGACGUCUAAAGUACUCUUAGGAGAUUGUCCGGCAUCGGUCCUAGAAGAGCACCAAGUGACUUCCAUAAUGCAAUGGGCGCAGUGGGCUGGGAAAGCGACCGGCUUAGUGACCACGACCCGGGUAACACACGCGUCUCCAGCAGGUUGUUACGCAAACACCGCACACCGUGAUUGGGAAUCUGACGAAGAUAUGAUAAAUAUUUCCAAUGGAACAACGGACAUUACACAGUGUGAAGACAUAGCUAGACAACUGGUUACAAGAGAUCCCGGUAGAAAUCUCAAGGUGAUCAUGGGCGGUGGCCGCAAUAAUUUUAUGAAGCAAGCAGUCAAUUCAACGGGAAAACGCCGUGACGAAGACUUAAUCCAAAAGUGGAAAAGUGACAAGGAGACUAGGUUUGCUGAUAAAAUAGCCAAGUACGUGACGACCAGACAGGAACUAUUGGAAACGGACAUGUCUAAAACCGAUUUUGUGUUAGGUCUUUUCCAUCCGGAACACAUGGAAUACAGGUUAAAAUCAGAUGUCGAGACACAGCCCACGUUACAGGAAAUGACCAGGAACGCUAUUCAGUUGCUUCAGAAAGAACCGAACGGUUACGUUCUUUUCGUAGAAGGUGGCCUCAUCGACAUGGCACAUCACCACACGUGGGCAAAAAUCGCGCUCGACGAGACCGUAGAGCUUUCCAAAGCUGUGGCGGACGCUGUGGCGAUGACUAGUGAAGAUGACACAUUAAUCGUGGUUACUUCAGAUCACGCUCACACCAUGUCGAUGUCUGGUUACCCUAAGCGAAACGAGAACAUUCUAGGUGUAUCGGGAUCAAUGUCUUCGGACAACACGUCGUACACAACACUGAGCUACGCCAACGGUCCAAAAACGUCCUUCGAGUAUGACAAUAACACGUCGUGUCACAGAGUCAACAUAACGAACGAAGAUAUUCAAAAAAAAGUCGACUUUGAAUAUCCAAGUCUGGUCGAUAUACCCAACGAGACUCACGGAGGAGAUGAUGUUAUGGUAUUUGCUAGGGGUCCUAUGUCACAUUUAUUCACCGGAAACUACGAACAAAAUUUAAUUGCUCUUGGUAUGGCAAUGGCUGCUGACAUUUCCACGAGUCCCCCAACCUCUGACUCUGCCAGUGGCGCCAUUGCAUCAUUUAAUGUUGCUGGACAAACUAUUCUCGCAGUAUUAUUAUUGGUCUUCGUUGGAGUUAUUCAGUCUAACUUAUAAUCUCAAAAAAAAAAAAAAAU